GGGCGGAGCGGCGCCGGGGCCCGGCGGGCGGCGGGCGGUGGCGGCGCGGGGGGACCCGGAGCGGGCCGGGGCCGGCGGGCCCGGGGCAGGCAGUGACCUGCCAGGAUGGCGGUGCUGGGGGGCUACUGUGAGGGCAACGGCUCCAUCGCCCAGGCCUGGGUCCAGCAGGGCUUCCAGCCCUGCUUCUUCUUCACGCUGGUGCCGGCCGUGCUGCUGAGCACCUGCCUGCUGCUGGGCACCCUGCAGUACGCCUGCUACGUCCGCUUCGGCCGCGCCAUGGAGCCCAAGUACAUCCCCCGCUCCCGCCUCUACCACGGCCAGGUCCUGCUGUCCCUGUUCCUCGCCCUGCAGCCCUUUGGCGGGCUGCUGUGGCAAGCAGGGGGGCUGGGACGCCUCUAUGGGUACAUGUUGCUGCACGCCUGCCUCUGGGCCCUCAGCUGGGGCUGCGCCGUUGCCCUCCUGCAGCUGGAGCAUACGCGGGUGCUGGCGCAUGACCGGACACGGGGCCAUGGCACCGUCCUCCUCCUCUUCUGGGCGCUGGCCUUCGCCGCUGAGAACCUGACCCUGGUGUGCUGGAGGAGCCCGCUGUGGUGGUGGGCGCUGGAGGACAUCAACCAGAAGGUGCAGUUCAGCUUCUGGCUGCUGCGUUACCUCAGCACGUUCAUGCUCUUCAUCCUGGGCCUGAAGGCUCCAGGGCUGCCCCGCAAGCCCUACAUGCUGCUGGUCAACGAGGAGGAGCGGGAUGUGGAGAACAGCCAGCCGCUCCUGUCCGAUGCAGGCAGGACCGCUUCCACCUGGAAGGAUAUCCGGAGGAAGCUGCGGCUGCUGGUGCCGUACAUGUGGCCGAGGGGCAACCACCUGCUGCAGGGGCUGGUGCUGUUCUGCAUGGCACUCAUGGGGCUGGAGCGGGCCAUCAAUGUUUUUGUCCCCAUCUACUACAAAAACAUCGUGAACGAGCUGACUGAAGGUGCUCCCUGGCACACCCUGGUCUGGACUGUCUGCAUCUACGUGGGGCUGAAGUUCCUGCAGGGUGGAGGUGCUGGCUCCACCGGCUUCGUGAGCAACCUGCGCACCUUCCUGUGGGUGUGGGUGCAGCAGUUCACCAACCGGCAGGUGCAGGUGCAGCUCUUUGCUCACCUGCAUGGCCUGUCCCUGCGCUGGCACCUGGGGCGUCGCACCGGUGAGGUCCUGCGCAGCGUGGACCGGGGCACCAGCAGCAUUAACAGCCUGCUCAGCUACAUCGUCUUCAGCAUCAUCCCCACCAUUGCGGACAUCAUCAUUGGCAUUGUUUACUUCACCUCGGUCUUCAGCGCCUGGUUUGGCCUCAUCAUCUUUGUGUGUAUGAGCCUCUACCUGACUCUGACCAUCUUCAUCAGCGAGUGGAGGACCAAGUACCGGCGAGACAUGAACACACGGGACAAUGAGGCCAAGUCCCGGGCUGUGGACUCACUCCUCAAUUUUGAGACGGUGAAGUACUAUAAUGCGGAGAGCUACGAGGUGGACCGCUUCAACAAUGCCAUCAUCAAGUACCAGGUCUCGGAGUGGAAGGUCAGUGCCUCGCUGGGCCUCCUCAAUCAGACCCAGAACAUGGUCAUCGGCCUGGGGCUGCUGGCGGGGUCCCUGCUCUGCGCCUACUUCGUCACCGAAAACAAGCUGCAGGUGGGGGACUUUGUCCUUUUUGGCACUUACAUCAUCCAGCUCUACACGCCACUCAACUGGUUUGGGACUUACUACAGGAUGAUCCAGAACUCCUUUGUGGACAUGGAGAACAUGUUUGAGCUCUUCCAUGAGGAGCAGGAGGUGAAGGAUGCGGUGAACGCUGGCAACCUGCGCUUGGAGACCGGGCGGAUCGAGUUUGAGAAUGUGCACUUCAGCUACGUGGAUGGGAAGGAAAUCCUGCAGGAUGUCUCCUUCUCUGUGAUGCCCGGGCAGACCCUGGCCCUGGUGGGACCUUCAGGUGCAGGGAAGAGCACCAUCAUCCGCCUGCUUUUCCGCUUCUAUGACGUGCGGAGUGGCUGCAUCCGCAUUGACGGGCAGGACAUCUCCCAGGUGAAGCAGGCGUCGCUGCGCACUCACAUCGGGGUGGUGCCCCAGGACACGGUGCUCUUCAAUGACACCAUCGCCAACAACAUCCGCUACGGACGGGUCCUGGCCACCGACCAGGAGGUGCAGGAGGCAGCCCAGGCUGCUGACAUCCAUGACCGCAUCCUUUCCUUCCCUGAAGGAUACAACACCCAGGUGGGGGAGCGGGGACUGAAGCUGAGCGGGGGAGAGAAGCAACGCGUCGCCAUUGCACGCACCAUUCUGAAGGGUCCCCGCAUCAUCCUGCUGGAUGAGGCCACGUCUGCGCUAGACACAGAGACUGAAAGGAACAUCCAGGCCUCCCUGGCCAAGGUCUGCGCCUACCGCACCACCAUCGUUGUUGCACAUAGGCUCUCCACCGUGGUGGGUGCAGACCAGAUCCUGGUGCUCAAGGAUGGGCGUAUUGUGGAGCGAGGGAGGCAUGAGGAGCUGCUGCAGAAGAGUGGUGUGUACGCUGGCAUGUGGCUGCAGCAGCAGGCCAGGGAUGAAGGUGAGAGCAAGGAGCGCCGCACUGAGAAGCCCCCGGGCAGCAAGAAAGGGCCUUGAGCAUGGCUGGGGUCUCUGCUGUGACACGGACCCAGGGCCCAGGCCCCCACGCUGCCAGGAAGCUCCUUUGCCAGCUGCAGGCCAAGGCCCCGCAUGCCCUGGGAGCUGCAGGGGCUGGGUUGGACACUCCACUACAUUUGUACGUGUUUGUUUUGCUGUUGUGUAGUUUCUUAAACCAGGUCCUUCCCA